AAACCCUACCCUACCCUAACUAUCUGACCUGCCUUGCGCCGUUGGGCCUCCCGACCACCACCUGCCGGCGCGCGGCCUGCUAGUCUCGCCUGAAGGAGAAUGAAGGCCAUUCGUCGCUCUCUCAAAGGGGAGAAAGAUCCCAAACCCCACCACCACCAUCACCACCAUCAUUCCUCCCACCUCUCCAUCACCCCCAAGUCCGCCAUUGCCAUCCUUCCACCUAAGAAGGUCAUCAAAGCGCUCUACGACUACCAACCAGAGCCCGGGAACUCGCAGGAGCUCGCGUUCAGCAAGGGAGACUUCUUUCACGUUAUCAGCAGGGAGGACGACUUGGAUUGGUACGAAGCGUGCAAUCCACUCAUCCCUAGUGCUAGGGGGUUGGUGCCCGUGUCCUUCUUCGAGGUGAUUGGCAAGAACGGAAGAGAUAGCGCCGGAUCGGUGGACUUUCAAAAGAAAAAAGAGCCGCACGACUCGGGCUUCUCCGAUCGCGCUGCGUUCCCUACCUCAGACUUCUUCCAUACCGUCUCGCGAAACAGCUUCCAGCCCAGGAUGUCCGCGCUGGCCAAGAACUCCUCCAGCAGCCCCAUGGUCUACGGCAUCGUCCAGUACGAUUUCCAGGCCGAGCGACCGGAUGAACUCGACGCCAAGGCCGGCGAGGCGAUCAUCGUCAUCGCCCAGUCCAACCCCGAAUGGUUUGUCGCCAAACCCAUCGGUCGCUUGGGAGGCCCUGGCCUCAUCCCCGUCUCCUUCAUCGAACUCCACGACAUGCAGACCGGCCAGGCCGUGACCGACCCGCUGGAUGCUGUGAGGCGCGCCGGCGUGCCCAAGGUGGAGGAGUGGAAGAAGAUGACGGCCGAAUACAAGAACAGCAGCAUCACUCUGGGCAAGAUCGACUCCGCCGGCGGCUCGUCCAUGUCGUCCAACACGUCGGGCGCUGACAAGAUGUCGGUCGGUCGGCAGAGCGCCAUGAGCCAGAAUGGCCAACCUUAUGCCUACCACAAUCGCAACGCUAGCAAAGGCUCCCUUGUGCAACAGGUCUCUCACCAAUCCCAGCAAAGCUACCACCAACCGUUCAUGGCGCCGGUCACGGCGUCGAUCCCCAGAUACUGCUUUGACAAUGACAAGUACUGGUACAUCAUCGAAGCGAAGAUGGAGGACGGCCGAUGCUGGGAACUGUCGCGCUAUUACCACGACUUCUACGAUUUCCAGAUCGCCCUCCUGACCCAGUUCGAGGAGGAAGCCGGCAACCGGGGCAAACCGCGCACGCUCCCGUACAUGCCGGGGCCCGUCACCCACGUCACGGACGCGAUUUCCAACGGUCGCCGCCAAAGCCUGGACGAUUACAUCAAAAAGCUCCUCUCGAUGCCCCCGCACAUCUCCCGCUGCCAACUCGUCCGCCAGCUGUUCGCACCCCGGGCCGGCGACUUCGAGAUCGACCCGAGCGCAUUUGGGGAAGACGCCCGGUUUUCGGGCGGGUCGCAUCACUCGUCUGCCCACGAGCCGUCUCAGAGCGUGUCCCGGCAAUCCUCACAGGCUCCGAUCGCAGUCCACGCGGACCGCAACUCCCACCAACGCGGGCAGGCAUCCCUCUCGCUCACGAACGGCGGCGGCCCGCCGCCGAUGAACCGGCAAGCCAGCUCGAUCACGCAGGUCUCGACGGCCUCGAGCGGCGGGGCGAUGAAGGUCAAGGUGUUCUUCCAGGACGACCUCAUUGCCAUCCGGGUGCCCAGCGACAUCAGCCUCCAGCAGCUGCGGGAGAAGCUGACGGACCGGCUGAAGAUCCAGGACGAGAUCGUGGUGCAGUACAAGGACGAGCCGUCCGGGACGUACGUGGACCUGGUCACGGACAGCGACCUGGACACGGCGAUCCAACGAAACUCCAAGCUCACAUUAUAUGUUGGACUUGCAUAGAAGCGUGUGAUUUUUUUUUCCCGUCUAUAUCCCGAUAGAUCUGUCUGUCAUUUUAUGUCUCAUUUGUUUUGUGCCUUCAAGGGUGGCGGCCCGAGCGACUCGGGC